CCAGAGAGGCGCGCGGCAAUGCGCAUACAGCGCAGGCCCAGAAAUCUCUUCCCAGGCUGAGAAAAGUUCUGGAGUCCGAGGCGCAGCCCUCAGAUGUUAUGAGAAAACCAUUGUGUGUUCACGUGGAAUCCACAUUACUCACACAGGCACGAUAAAAAAAAGCACAUCCAGGUCUCCGCUGCGCUCCGCUGGGACACCAAACAACCUCCGAGCUGAAGUCGAGGAAGAAUGUAAUGCGAAAUUGACGUUUUUCCACUCACACAUUUCUACUUAAAUUUGGGGGGAAUUGUCGUGUCAUUGUCAUUGAGCUGUCUUAAGAAACAGAAGCAUAAUUGGGAACUUGAAUGUGAAUUAGAGAUCAUUAAUGAAGCAGGAGAAGCUCCACAGCUCCGCAGCAUGAAGGUUUGAGGUGAAUGUUUCUGGAUUUACAGGCGGACAGUUUCAGGUUGAGCACUUCAAUCAGUGUUGCGUUUCAUCUUGGCUGCAGCGCGCACGCUCCGCCUGCUCUCACCAAGAAAACCGACUUUCCCGUUAAGUUGGAGUCUUUAGAUGUGGACGCGCAGAUGCUGAGUGCGCUCAGGACGCGCCACUGCAGGGACCUCUCUGGGAGCGAGCGACCUGCGUGACGCGCUGCAGCCUGGAAGUCUCGCGCUCUGUCCCGGCGGCCGGAGCGGAAGGUUCCUGUCAGAAGACAUCACGGAGUGGCACAAAGAGGAUGUGAUGGUUCGGUGACGGCGACGCGCUCCCCGGAGUUUGGACACAUUCAAGACUUUGCGAACUUGUUUCAGUGCGCGCGCGGAGCGGCUGCGGACCGCGCGACACUUUUUUUUUUUUCUUGGAUCUCUUAAUUGCAGCCGGUGCCCGUCUCAUGUGCCCAGGGCGCUGAAGGUCAGCUCAAAGCGCACCAGGAGAAAGCUUUCUUUCCAGUUUCAGCGCUGGAUGAGCGGAAUAUUCAUGAAGCAGUAUCUGAACUUCUGCAGGAUGAGGCUGAGAGCAUCGAGGUUAGGUUAUCUGUUCCUUCAGUUGGCGGCGCUCUGCUUUUACGCACAGAACUCCACGCAGUCUCCCCCGAACUUCAAGCAGCACGUGACGGAGCAGAGCCGGCUGUCGGACCGCAUGAGCCGCAGGCUGACCCGAACCUACCAGCUGUACAGCAGAACCAGCGGGAAACACGUCCAGGUUCUGGCCAAUAGGAGGGUCAACGCCAACGGGGACGACGGCGCGGCUCACGCAAAGCUGGAGGUGGAGACGGACUCCUUCGGAAGUCGUGUCCGCAUUAAAGGCAUGAAGACGGGAUACUACAUAUGCAUGAACAAGAAGGGGAAGCUGAUUGGAAAGAGGAAAGGACGAGGCAAAGACUGCAUCUUCACCGAGAUUGUCCUGGAGAACAACUACACGGCACUCCAGAACGCCAAGUACGAGGGCUGGUACAUGGCUUUCACACGCAAGGGCCGCCCGAGGAAGGCCUCCAAGACCAAGCAGCACCAGAGGGAGGCCCACUUCAUGAAGCGCCUCCCGAGGGGGCACCUGCUGAGUGAACGGAGGCCGUUUGACGCGCUCCCUCUGCCCGUUCCCGUUCAGCCUUUCAGCAAGCGGACUAAACACUCCCAUCAGCUGCGCUCGGAGGGUCGCUGAGGGACACAGACUGGGGGGAAACCUGCAUGAGCGCCCGGAGGCCUCAUUUGUGGAUUUACUGAGUAAUUCUUGGUACUGAAUUGUAGAUAAACUAUCUAAUCUGCUAGUUAUUUCCAAUUCAGACAGAUCAUGGGGGGGGGGGUUCUCAACAAUACUGUCCUGGAUGAGAGUUUGGGAUGCAUCAAAAAAGCGAGGAUCGAAAAGAGUGGCAGCUAUUUGUGCUUCCAGCAUCUGAGUCCCGCCUCACCUGUCGGACACGUAACCUGUUAUUUUCUACAUAUAUGAAUAUAUUUUUACUGUAAAAAUGUAAAUCAAAUAUUUAUUGUAGAGUGUAUAUUAAAACCACUAAAGAAGAGUAGCAGGCCGGGCUCUGGUGUUCUGGAAAGUCAACAGCCCCCCCAAAAUUGCUUUUUUUUUCCUGGUCUUCUUCGCACUGAAGACCCAGAUAACUGAGGGGCAAUAUCUGUGACAGGCUGCUGAAUUCAAUGUGCUCAGCAAGUGAGACUUGGGCCUGAAUGGCCCGAGCUAUGCAUUAAAAGCGAUGAGGUCAGCCCACCAUUUCGGCUCAAACAAAGGUUACCACCAUGUAGUUGCAUUUCUCACGAUCGCACACCGUAACCCUCAGAUCAAAUGGGCCCUUUGUGGAACCUCAUAUAAAAGGGCAUGUUAUACAAUAGUGGGUUCGAAUAAUAACACGAGGAGGGGUCAGUUAUCAAAAAGAAGCCAGUCACACAGGGAGGGGCGAGAGGGGGGUUACAGCUCGCAGAGAAAGCGCCGGGGCCUGUGUGGCAAAAUGUGGCAUCGACUGAAAGAGGGGGAAUGGCUGGGAAGAGGCAUUCGGGAAUGAAAGGGAGGCAGAAAAGAAGCCCUCUUCCCAGAAGCAGCUGAGCAUGACCGUCGGAGGCCAAACGACAGGGGAGGAGGACGAUCCGGAGCGCGGCCGCUCCC